UUAAUGGGUAUCAAUAUCAAUAGCAUUGCUGGGUUGGAUCCCCAGAUGACGGCAGAGAAAGCUGUGUGUGUGAUUGGUCAAGGCUAUGAUCUCUGCAGUGAUAUAAGAUUCUCUGCUUGCAAAUCCAGGUUGGUUGAAAUUGAAACCGCCCAUACCAGAGACCUUGUAUUUCCUGUUGGGGUUGUUGUUCCCAACGUACCCACCUCCAUCAAGUGCGACAAAGGUGAACGCACCAGGUUUCGCUCCGAUGUUCUCCCUUUUAAUCAGAUGUCUGAGCAUUUCAACGGACAUCUAUCUUUGUCGGGGAAGAUUCCAUCUGGCCUAUUCAAUAACAUGUUCGACAUGAGAAAGUGUUGGCCGAUGGAUGCAGCUUCCACUAAAAACCUUGCUUAUGAUGGAUGGUACAUAACAUUAUAUAACGUUGAAUUAGAUAGAACCAAUAUAACCCUUUCUGAAAGUGUGAAAAGAGAAGUGCCUUCUUCAUGGAACCCUGCUGCUCUUGCCGAGUUCAUUGAAAAAUAUGGUACCCAUAUUGUUGUUGGGGUGAAGAUGGGAGGUAAGGAUGUGGUUCACAUCAAGCAGUCAAAAAAUUCAGAUCUUCAGCCGGCUGAACUUCAGAAAUUGCUAAAGAAAUUAGCUGAUGAGAGGUUUUCUGAGAAUUCGAAUCAAAGUUCUAAUGUCAAUCCUGCUGAAAUAUCAGGAAAACUUAAGGAUGAUCAUGCUAAGCUGCGGCGCACGACUGCUGCUGGUAGGCCAGUUGUAAGACGUCAGUCCAAGAAUGAUGAUAUAGUGAGCAUUUCUGUUCGAAAGGGAGGUGUUGAUAUUGGUCAAUCUUAUAACCAGUGGCUCUCAACCAUAGCACAGUCUCCUAAUGUCAUAUCAAUGUCUUUUGUGCCAAUUACUUCCCUACUGAAUUCUGUUCCAGGCAAUGGAUUUUUAAGUCAUGCGGUGAAUUUGUAUCUUAGAUAUAAACCUGCAAUAGAAGAGCUUCAUCAAUUUCUAGAAUUUCAGUUGCCUCGGCAAUGGGCCCCAAUGUAUGGUGAUCUGCCUCUUGGAUACGGUCCUAAGCAUAAAAGAAACAUUUCUCCAUCACUUCAGUUCACUCUCAUGGGACCCAAGCUUUAUGUUAGUACUGUAAAGGUUGACUCUGGAAAUCGGCCUGUGACAGGGAUUCGCUUAUACUUGGAAGGCCAAAAAUGUGACCACCUAGCAAUCCAUCUCCAGCAUCUUUCAGAGGUUCCUGGUGUCCUUGAAAUUUCAGAAGAUCAUGGUUAUGAUCCUAUUGAUGAACCUGUUGAAAGGGGCUACUAUGAACCGGUGAAGUGGAGUAUGUUUUCUCAUGUCUACACAGCACCUGUACAAUACAAUAGCUCCCAUAUAGAUGAGUCCACAUCUAUAGUGACAAAGGCCUGGUUUGAGGUUAAGCUUGUGGGAAUGAAGAAAGUCCUUUUUCUGAGGCUUGGAUUCUCAACAGUUGCAUCAGCAAAAAGUCGCAGAUCAGAAUGGGAUGGACCUUCAACCACAUCUCGGAAGUCAGGAUUAUUCUCAGCAUUGAUGAGUACAAGGCUUAGCAAGGAGUUGCAGUCACCUGAGAAGCCAACUAAAGUGGAUAUAAAUUCAGCAAUUUAUCAUGGUGGCCCUCCUGUGCCCACAAGGGCUCCAAAAAUGUUGAGCUUUGUGGACACAAAGGAAAUGGUUAGGGGUCCAGAGGAUCUACCUGGAUAUUGGGUGGUCACUGGGGCAAAGCUGUGUGUAGAGGGUGGCAGAAUCUCAAUCAAGGCUAAGUAUUCAUUGUUGACCAUAAUGUCAGAAGAAUCUCUGAUGUUGGGAGUGUAGGAAUUUAGUUAACACUUUUUUGGUAUGUUUGUAAAUAUCUUAUAUCAUUUACUAUAGAAAGAAAGAAAGAAAAAAUCAGAUUUAGUGAGUG